UAGGCUAUAAUAUAAAAUAACAAUAUAAUGAAAGUUUUAAAGUCUCAACCUUCUCUCCUCCGUCAAAUUUAUCGAAUUUGCAUCGAGACGCCCCUCGAUUUGCCCUACUCAGCCCCUGGAAUGAUUUUGGUGGAAAAUUAUAUGUGACAAAAUAUGGCUACAAAAGCAUUUCCAGCAGAUCAUUUAUCAAAUGGAGAGGCUGGGAACAGUCUUCACAACGAAGGUUUAGAGAACCCACAUCAAGAAUUUAAAAGAAGACAUGCAAAUUUGGCAUCUGAUGGUUCUGUUGCUCCUUCUGAUGCAGAAAAUUGCACUGAGAAAAAGGCAAGGAUUCAGAGAGAAAUGACUUUGCAAGAUAUGUACAAUGAACACGCUUUUGAUGACGAUGAUGAGGAAGACAGUGACUGGGAGCCCAUGCAAAAGCAUGUUGAGGUUCUGAAGUGGUUUUGUACCAACUGUACAAUGGUCAACCUGGACGAUGUUGUUCAUUGUGAUAUUUGUGGAGAGCAUAAAGACUCUGGUAUUCUAAGGCAUGGAUUUUUUGCUUCUCCUUACCAAGGUGGUCUUACUGAUGUUGAAUCAGAAGUUAAAGAGAAAUAUAAAGACUUGCACGUGGGAGUUUCAGUCUCCAACAGUUGCACAGUAAUAGGUUUUGAUGAGAGAAUGUUGCUGCACUCAGAAGUUGAGAUGAAGUCACGUCCACAUCCUGAAAGAGCAGAUCGACUUCGAGCUAUUGCAGCUAGCCUUGCUACCGCUGGUAUAUUUCCUGGAAGAUGCUAUCCGAUACCUGCCAGAGAAAUUACUCGAGAAGAACUUAAGAUGGUUCAUUCCAUGGAGCAGAUUGAAGCAGUUGAACUUACGAGUCAUAUUUAUGCUAGUUACUUUACUCCUGACACCUAUGCUAAUGAACAUUCGGCACGUGCUGCAAGGCUUGCAGCAGGUUUGUGUGCGGAUCUUGCUUCUGCAGUUUUUUCUGGACGUGCCAAAAAUGGAUUUGCUCUGGUUCGGCCCCCAGGUCAUCAUGCUGGUGUAAGACAGGCCAUGGGAUUCUGCCUCCACAAUAAUGCAGCAAUCGCUGCAUUAGCUGCUCAGGCUGCAGGGGCAAAGAAGGUUCUUAUUGUUGAUUGGGAUGUUCAUCAUGGAAAUGGUACUCAAGAAAUAUUUGAGCAAAACAAAUCGGUUUUGUACAUAUCUUUACACAGAUAUGAGGGAGAAAAGUUUUAUCCUGGUAGUGGAGCUGCGCAUGAGGUUGGUACUCAAGGUGCUGAAGGCUAUUGUGUGAACAUUCCAUGGAGCCGUGGUGGAGUUGGAGAUAAUGAUUAUGUUUUUGCAUUUGAGAAUGUUGUUCUUCCCAUAGCUUCUGAGUUUGCUCCUGAUUUCACAAUCAUAUCAGCCGGAUUUGAUGCUGCCAGGGGUGAUCCAUUGGGUUGCUGUGAUGUUACUCCUGCUGGCUAUGCACAGAUGACGCAUAUGUUGAACACUCUCUCCGGUGGCAAGUUGCUAGUUAUUCUGGAGGGCGGCUACAAUCUCCGCUCAAUAUCAUCGUCCGCUACUUCAGUGAUCAAGGUACUGCUGGGUGAAAAUCCUGGAUGCGAUUUGCACCAAUACGCUCCUUCUAAAGCUGGCCUACUCACGGUUCUGGAAGUUUUGAAGAUUCAGAUGAACUUCUGGCGUACUCUGGCACCCCGCUUUACAAGAUUGCAGUCACUGUGGGAAAUAUAUGAAUCUAAAAGCAAAAAUCCCUUACAUUUGAUUCAUUGGCUCGCAGAGAAACAAAUUAAGAAGGUACGGCGGGCUGAAGCACCUAUAUGGUGGAAAUGGGGCCGAAAAAGGUUAUUGUACCAUAUUAUCAAAGGGCAUCUUCGUGUAAAGUCCAGGGGAUAUUAACUGACUUGAGGUUCUUAUCUUCAUGCUCUUUCCUUUCAUCCUGUAAUUUUGUGCAUUUUGUAUACCAGUUAGGUUCAUCGUGCUGUCUUAGCGUCAUAGGAUUUCACCGUGCAUCAGUUUGAGAACAAACGUUUUGAACUUUUUAUUAAUGCUAAUGGACUUAGACAAGAAGUUGUGCAAA